CUAACGCCAACUGCACCGCACCGCCGAUCGCGUUAUACGUCCGUCACGGUUGGUUUUCGUCGUGUGUUUUCUAUUCCAUUUCCUAGUUUCCUACUCUCGUCCACCCGAUCGUUGUAGCCUGUUAGUUACUGGUUUCGUAACCGGCCGCCGUGCGUUCAGUCUGUCAAUUUUUUAUCACCAUCCGCGGAACGCGUCGCUCGCUCAUUCCGCACUCGCAGUUCGUACUCGUACUCACUCACUCCACACACACACACACACUCACACACACAUACAAACUCGAGCGCGCCGCUCUCGCCCGGUUGGAUUUAUCUAUUUUCCACGCGCCCGCGAGUCCGAACCAAGUCGGCCGCACCGUACACGUCUCCGUGUCAACCGAUCGUCACCCUUAGCGCCCGACCGUCGUCGUUUCACGCCGGUGUCACUCUUUUGGAUUUUCGUCGUUUGUCGCAUCACGUCCCCGGCACAACCAUGAGCAGCUUGGCGGAGACGAAUCCGAUUUACGGGCCGUUUUUCGGCGUCAUGGGCGCGGCAUCGGCCAUCAUUUUCAGCGCUCUUGGCGCUGCAUAUGGUACGGCAAAAUCUGGAACUGGUAUUGCCGCCAUGUCAGUAAUGAGGCCAGAACUUAUUAUGAAAUCCAUCAUUCCCGUUGUCAUGGCUGGUAUUAUUGCUAUUUAUGGUCUCGUAGUAGCUGUUCUAAUAGCAGGUGCUCUGGAAGAGCCCUCUAAAUACUCCUUGUUCAAGGGAUUCAUUCAUUUAGGUGCUGGCCUUUCCGUAGGCUUCAGUGGUUUGGCUGCUGGUUUCGCAAUAGGUAUUGUUGGCGAUGCUGGUGUCAGAGGCACAGCCCAACAGCCCAGAUUAUUCGUAGGAAUGAUCUUGAUCCUAAUUUUCGCUGAAGUAUUAGGAUUGUACGGACUGAUUGUUGCAAUUUACCUAUACACUAAAUAAACAAUUUUCCCUCUGAAUAAAUAUAAAAACAAAACAAUUUUUUUUUUGUAACAAAAAAAAACAAACCGUGAACACCCAUACGAUGCCCAGUUGUUGUCAUCAAUACAAACAAUAUACUACCAUAUUAUUAUAAACAUUUUAGUUGAAAGGAAAUCAAAUAUUUGUGCCCUUACGCCACUCACCCGAAUAGUUACGUGUAUUCUUCCUUCCCCCAGCUUUCUAAACCAUUUUUCCAUUCACGUAGCAAAAUAAGUAAUAAUAAUUUUAAAACUAUUUUAAAUAAAUAUAUUUAAAUUAAAUAAAAUGAUGGCCAUCUCAUGUAUCAAACGUUAUA